AAGGCCGGUGAUGUUUGGGUUACAUUACAAUUGGGUUGGGAUUGGAAGGAACAUAUGUUCCAUUCCGAACCAAUAAUAGACUUGAGUUUUGCACCUGCGUCCGUUCCGUUCUCUCGCACGCGCUCAUUCCAGAUGUUGAACCCGCUACGGAUGCGCACAGUGCGCACAUGGUACCCGAACACACGAAUAUGUAUGUUAUUAAUUUAUUACGUUGUAACGAAUUUAUUCAUUCUACGACACCAUUCACUUAACAUUAACGUAUAACCUACUAAACUUCUAUUUCAACAAACACCAUGCGUAAUGAACUGGGACAGAAAUAUAAAUGCUAUAUGAGCGGUUUUUGACAUAACACAGAACCAUACGUUCUCACGUCUUUUUUGCAAACGUAACAGAUUGUGGAUAUGUUGGAUUAAAGAUUAAAACCAGAGUUUAGAUGAGAUCACCGUCAUCGCCAGUUCUUGACAAUACAUAGGACCGGUCGUGCGGGGCGCGACGGGUGGGGCAGGCCGGGACGGGUGCGCCGCUCCACUCUGCAGGGUUUGUGCGAUUCACACCGUACGCGACCCACUCAGUACGACAGUUGUUCGCUGCCUGCGCGGCGCGCGCGCCUCAUCCCGUUUCCGACUCGACAACAUUCCUUAACUUAAAAUUUAUCUAGUCAAAAUGAAGUUUAGAGUUUUCUCUGAUACUAACUGGAAGUGUUUGUGCGAUAAACGAAAAAGUGGAUUAGCUCUGUAACGACACGCUACGGUUCAAAGAACAAUGCUGUGGGAAAAAAUAACGUUCAGCUGGCAUCGGCAGUCGUUCCCAGCUACCUACCGAACGUCUCUCCCCCCGCGGGCCGGGUGCCGGGUUCAAUGUGCCUCUCUGCGUUUAUUCAUCGCUUGUGGGAAAAGUUGACCCCCGUUUGAAAAAAAUAUAGUUAACGAAUUCACACGAUUCCUGUUCUAUUGAUGCGUGUCUAAGAUGAAUGUGUUAUCAGUUAGAGAGUCUGUCUGGAUCAUUAUGUGAUCACUUUCUAGACACCUGCACUGCAACUGUGUACUUCUAUCCUAAAGUGAUAAUUUAAUUUCUGUUUACUUGUAGAGGUGUCUUUAAGAAUGAACUAAGUUCCUUAACUUUUUAUACGCAAGCCGUCAAGGUUGCACCAUUCCUCAGUUCGAGUUGUUUGUUUUGAGCUUUGCUGUGUUUGUCGAGUUUCGAGUUCGUCGAAAUUGUUAUCUUGUUGUGCCACGGAUUACGUACCUGUACCUAUAUCACAUUCAGAAGUGAAUUACUUCAUUAUUAGAUAACUUGUUUUUGGUGAACACGAAGAUGAAACGUGUCGGAUUUGCCGUUAAAUUUUAAAUUUAAUUAACUAGAUUCCGGACGCCAUGGAUAUAGUGCGGCGCGUUAACAGUGCAAAAACUUCGCAUAGGUAGUGUGCCGCUAAGUGAAUUAGUGGAUAUGUGCUAGUGCUGUGUAGUGUCUAGUGUACCUAUUUGGAUUUUGCUGCAUUGUCUUCAAUAUGGGGAACCAGGGCUCGUCAGCUCACGAGCCUUUUGACCGAGCUCAAACGCAAAACGCCACCGACUUGAAAAUGAAAUCGUCAGUGCGCAGUUCAUUGCGGCGGGCGCGCGCCGGCGGCGCCCUCUCGCCGCCCCGCGCCGGCAUGGAGCGCCUGCGCCGAUCCUUCCGGGAGUCCUUCCGGCGGCGCAAGGGCUCGCCGCCCGAGUCGGCGCGCCCGCACCAAUGGCACGCCGACGAGGCCGCCGUGCGCGCCGGCACCUGCACCUUCCCCGUCAAGUACUUGGGCUGCGUUGAGGUCUUCGAGUCACGGGGGAUGCAGGUCUGCGAGGAGGCGCUUAAGGUCUUACGGAAUUCGCGUCGUCGGCCCGUGCGCGCGGUGCUGCACGUGAGUGGGGACGGGCUGCGCGUGGUCGACGAGGAGACCAAGGGGCUGAUGGUAGACCAAACCAUCGAGAAGGUCUCCUUCUGCGCACCCGAUAGAAACCACGAGAGGGGAUUCAGCUACAUCUGCCGCGACGGCACGACGCGCCGCUGGAUGUGCCACGGGUUCCUGGCGUCGCGCGACUCGGGCGAGCGGCUGUCGCACGCGGUGGGCUGCGCGUUCGCGGCCUGCCUCGAGCGCAAGCAGCGCCGCGACAAGGAGUGCGCCGUGUCCAUGAGCAUCGACGCGGCCAGCCACGCCUUCACGAGGCAGGGCUCCUUUAGGAAAUCAACAUCCAUGUCUAUGUCCAUCGAAAGUCCGAUGAUGUCUCGGCGCGCAUCGGAGGCGGACACGCCGCCGGUGCCGGCGCUGCCGUCGAGCGCGGUGCCGCUGUCGGCGCCGCCGGCGCAGGCCGCGCCGCGCCCCACGCCGCACAACCCGUUCGCUGUCGAGCGGCCGCACGCCGCGCCGCACCUUCUGGAGCGGCAGGGCUCGUUUAGGGGCUUCUCGCAUCUUAAUAACAGUUCCCCAUUCAAGCGUCAGAUGUCGCUCCGCAUCAGCGAGUUGCCGUCGAACCUGGAGCGCACCCGCGCCGGCCUGGGCUCGCCGCCGCGCGCCGCGCCCGCGCCCGCCGCCGCGCACCCCGCCAGCCCUGCGCCCGACACCAUGCUCGCGCAGACGGGCGGGGCAGCCGGGGCGGACAGCGCGGCGGAGCCGGAGCCGGAGCCGGACCCGGUGAUGGCGAUGUGCCAGCAGCUGUCGCUGGGGCUGCGCGCGCUGGCGGAGGAGCCGGUGCCGGUGCCGGUGCCGGUGCCGGUGGCGCCGGUGCCGCUGCCGGCGGGCGCGCCGGCGCCGGACGCGUGGCUGGGCCGCGUGGCGCGCGCGCGCCCGCCGCCGCUGUCGGCCGCCACACGCGCGCAGUCCUUCGCCGGCCACGCCAACACCAACCCCUUCCUCACGCCCACGCCCGCCCCCAUGUGAAUGCGAGGGACGACGUCGAACACUUCUUCCGGAAGAGUUGCGCCUUCGCACGCGAAUCACCUGUCGCGGACGUUCGAAGCUUUAUUUAUUUGCGAUGACGUCGGUUGGAGACCUGAAUUUAGCAGUUGCCGGUUUAGGCUUACGCACGUCUUUGACCAGUUUGAGGCUGAAGAAACGAUUAACGACAUCCUCCGUCUCCAAUUAUCCAGCAUGUCACUAUCUACUACUAAUAACAAUGAGCUCGUUAGUCUUGCCUUAAAAUUUUAAAACCGUCAUAGGUAUAUUAGAGAUAUGAUUUUUUUAUGCUGUACGCACAAUAUCAAAAUAAUCCGAAACAUUGUACUGAAAAUAGCAAAAAAAAAAUUUUUUUCUGUGUAUAAAUCGGUUGUGUACAAGAGUUUUCUUAAAUAUUAGUUUAAUAGGGCAUUUAAAUAUUUCGAAAUAUGUCGUCGAAAAUAAGAAUGACAUAACGAGAUUUAUUAAUCAUAAAAUUACACAAAAUUAUACAAUUGUUAGUACAAUUCACAUGACAUUUGUAUUGUGAUUAUUAUGCAAACUUUAUUUUUACCAAGACGAAAAUUGAUAGCGUAUACCACAAAAUAAAUGAGUAUAUAUGUUUGGUACUUAUCGGCGAAUUGUUAACAUCGAGGUGUGAAAUGCUCAAUUCAUGCUAUUAUUUAUCGGGUGUUUUCAAAUCUGUUAGAACUAUUAUUAAUGAAUGAAUGAGACGCUGAAUGGGAGUGCAAACGAAUACACUACACGCUCCAAUUAAAAACGCUUUGUAAGAACGGAUUGUUGUAUUUUGGUGCUGAUUGUCCUAUAAUAGAUGUGUCUUUAUGUCACCGAAACUUAAAAAAUCUGUGCACGCCUAGUGUCAACUUAAACGAUAACGAUAAUGGGAUCGGUGUCUAUCUUAAAAUAUUGGAUAUUGUAUUAGUAGAAUAAAUAAUUGUUAAUCGUGACUCGCCUGGCUUAACCAGGUCAGACUUCACUUGCAAGAGUGAUAUUUUU